AUGUCUUCAUCUUCUUCAAUUGACAAAGCAACGGAGGGCCAAGUUCUGAGGGUCCACACAACAGGAGAUGGUAAUGAGUUUGUUAUUCUCGGAAAUAAGAAAUACUAUAAACAUGAAUUGAUGCAAGCUUUUGGAGGAACAUUUAACCCAGACAGGUAUGCAACCUAUCCAGUUCAUCAAUUUGGUAAUGCUUCAGCCUUGGGGCUCUGUGCAUUUUCAUUGACCACCUUUGUAUUGGGUCUCUUUUACUCAGGAGCAAUGGGAAUCAAGGUACCUAAUGUUGUAAUAUCACUUGCCUUUUUCUACGGAGGUGCAGUCAUAAUGGUAGCUGGAAUUUUUGAAAUGAUUAUUGGCAACACCUUUGCAGGUACCGCCUUCACUAGUUACGGUCCAUUUUGGUUGUCUUUUGGAACCAUCUACGUGAAAAGCUUUGGAAUAUCUGAUGCAUAUGCUGAUGCACCGGAACAACUUUCGAAUGGAAUAGGUUUCUUUCUAAUUGGAUGGAUUAUCUUCACAUUUUUGUUGUUGCUAUGCACUUUGAAGUCUACGGUGAUGUUUGUCCUCCUUUUUGUGGUUUUAGAAAUAACUUUCAUUCUUCUUGCAGCAGCAAACUUUACAGGUAGCGCUCUGGUGACAAAGGCAGGUGGUAUCUUUGCCGUCAUUACGGCGUUGGUAGCCUGGUACAAUGCCUUUGCUGGUGUGGCCACUAAGCAUAACUCUUAUUUAAGGGCCAGAACUAUUCUUUUGCCAAUCAUUGGCUCUAGCGAAUAA